ACUACUUUCAGGGAGUAAACGUGAGGGACGUGAUGUGAAGAUUUGAGGUUGUGCUUCGGUCGUGAGAAAAAAAAAAAAACUAAGAUGGCGUCUCAUCAAGAAAGAUAGAAUGGCUUGAAGAGAGUAAUGAUGUUGGUCAGGAAAUGAUUGAUAACGACACAACCGAUGACGUUUAGUCCCUCGCUUGCUAUUAAACGAACUGCUGCCAUUUAUGUUUUGAACCCGUUUGUGUGUGAGAGACUGAGCGGACUAUAUGGAGAACCGAGGCCGGAGAGAAAACGGUCAACUUUGCUAGCAGCGUCGGCUAGCCAACUGGACCGAGCACAGCUGGCGGUGUUAGCUAUCCACCAGUCAUCACAACAACAGAGGAAGGAGAACGGCCACCGGCCCUAGCAUUCCCCGGGACAUCGCGGUGUCUUCGGGGCAAUGGAGGGGGAAGAGUUUGUGCCUCCACCGGAGUGUCCAGUGUUUGAGCCGACAUGGGAGGAGUUCCAGGACCCACUGGGCUACAUUGCCAAGAUUCGUCCCAUUGCAGAGAAGUCUGGAAUCUGCAAAAUUCGUCCUCCACCAGACUGGCAACCACCAUUUUCAGUAGAGCUGGAUACAUUCCGGUUCACACCCCGCAUCCAGAGGCUUAAUGAGUUGGAGGCGGAGACCAGAGUGAAACUUAAUUAUUUGGACCGCAUCGCCAGGUUUUGGGAGGUCCAGGCAUCCUCCUUGAAAAUCCCUCAUAUUGAACGGCGCAUCCUUGAUCUCUUCAGCCUGUCAAGGAUUGUGACGGAUGAAGGGGGAUUUGAGAUGGUCUGUAAGGAACGGCGCUGGGCUCGUGUAGCCCAGCGGCUCGGCUAUCCUCCGGGCAAGAAUAUUGGUUCUCUGCUGCGCUCGCACUACGAGAGGAUCGUCUACCCCUUUGAAGUGUUCCAUUCUGGUGCCAGCAUACCGAAUUGCAAGCCAAAGCACUAUGAUGGUGAGGAUGUGGACAAAGAGUACAAGCCCCACUCCAUCCCCCUGCGACAGUCCGUGCAACCAUCGAAAACAAGCAGCUACGGACGCAGAGCCAACCGCUGCCAGCCAGAGGGUCCAGAGGAUCUGGCCCCCCAUCCUCUCACCACUGGCUCUCAACUCAUCCCUGCGCCUGAACCCACAGAGGAAGACAUAGAGAAGAACCCAGAACUGAAGAAGCUUCAGAUCUACGGCGCAGGGCCCAAGAUGAUGGGACUUGGACUUGUGGCGAGGUACAAAGGCAUCAGGAAGAAAGAUGAGCUGCCUCAAACUGUAACCGUCAAGGAAAGCAUCUCUCCCGCUCCCGGUGAUGCUUCGGUCAAAGCGGAGUCAGUGGAGCCCCCAGAGAGGCAGAGCGACGGAGGCGCAUCGAGCCCCCAACCGCCGCCUCCUACCGUCAAGGUAAAGACGGAGGUGAAGAAAGAAGAGCCGGACGUCGCCGCUGGUAAAAAGGAGGAGGGUGGCGUGACCGAUGGGCCGUGUACCAAAAUGACCAUGAGGCUUAGACGCAACCUGGGCAACCCACAGAGUGUGGACUCCUUUGUGUGUCGGAUGUGCGGUCGGGGAGACGACGACGAGAAGCUCUUGCUGUGUGACGGUUGCGAUGAUAACUACCACACCUACUGUCUACUGCCCCCCCUCACCGACCCCCCCAAGGGGAACUGGCGUUGCCCUAAGUGUGUGGCCGCGGAGUGCAAGAAACCCUCGGAGGCAUUCGGCUUCGAACAGGCCACCCGCGAGUACACGCUGCAGAGCUUCGGGGAAAUGGCGGACGCUUUCAAAGCGGAUUACUUCAACAUGCCAGUCCAUAUGGUUCCCACUGAGCUGGUGGAGAGAGAGUUCUGGAGGCUGGUUAGUAGCAUUGAGGAAGACGUGGUCGUCGAGUACGGGGCCGACAUCCACUCUAAGGAGUUCGGCAGUGGCUUCCCGAUGAAAAAUGGCAAGAAGGAGCUCACAAAGGAAGAGGAGGGAUACGCCCGCAGCGGCUGGAACUUGAAUGUGAUGCCCGUGCUGGAGCAGUCGCUCCUUUGCCACAUUAACGGAGACAUCUCCGGGAUGAAGGUGCCCUGGCUUUACGUCGGCAUGGUGUUCUCUGCAUUCUGCUGGCACAUCGAGGAUCACUGGAGCUACUCCAUCAACUACCUGCACUGGGGUGAACCCAAGACGUGGUACGGGGUUCCUUCCGUGGCGGCCGAGCGACUCGAGGAGGUGAUGAAGAAGCUGACGCCAGAGCUGUUUGAGUUUCAACCUGACCUCCUGCACCAGCUGGUCACCAUCAUGAACCCCAACAUCCUCAUGUCUCACGGUGUACCGGUCGUUCGCACCAACCAGUGUGCCGGUGAGUUCGUCAUCACCUUCCCCCGAGCCUACCACAGUGGCUUCAAUCAGGGAUACAACUUUGCUGAAGCCGUUAACUUCUGCACUGCCGACUGGCUGCCCGCUGGCCGUUCCUGCAUCGAGCACUACCGGCGUCUCAGGAGGUAUUGUGUGUUCUCCCACGAAGAGCUCACCUGCAAGAUGGCGGCCAGCCCAGAGAAACUAGACCUCAACCUGGCCGCGGCUACACACCGGGAAAUGUUCAUCAUUGUUCAGGAGGAGAGGAAGCUGCGGAAGGGUCUGAUGCAAAGGGGCAUCACUGAAGCCGAGCGCGAGGCUUUUGAGCUGCUGCCCGACGACGAGAGACAGUGUGACAAUUGUAAGACGACGUGCUUCCUCUCUGCGCUGGCCUGCUCCAACUGUCCCGAGAGACUAGUGUGCCUCUAUCACACUCAGGAUCUGUGCAACUGCCCCUCUGAAAAACUCUACCUCAGAUACAGAUACACCCUCGAUGAGCUGUUGGCCAUGUUGCAUAGAUUAAAGGUUCGUUCUGAAUCCUUCGAUUCCUGGGCCAACAGAGUGAAGGAGGCACUUGAGCAGGAAGAAGGAAACAAGAUAGGAAUUGACGACCUGGAGAGGCUGAAGGUGGAAGCGGCGGAGAAAAAGUUUCCCGACAACGAACUUCUGCGGAAACUCAACACUGUUCUUAAAGACAUAGAACGCUGCCAUCUGACCAGUACAGAACUCCUCAGUAACCCAAAGACCGGUGAAGGUAAGAUGACGUUGGCCGAGCUGAAAUCCUUGGUAGAGACUAUGCAGAACCUCCCGUGUGUGAUCACCCAGCUGGAGGAUGUGCAGGUGGUUCUGCGGGCGGUGGAGGAGUUCCGGAGCCGCGCUCAGUUACUGGCCAACAACAGGGACUGGAGGAGGGACUCUGCGCCGCCCGAACAGCUGGAGGCUCUGCUGGCGCAGGGGGCCGAGCUGCUCGUGGUGGUGCCGGAGUGUGAUUUGCUCCGGGGCCUGAAGGAGCAGGGCCACUGGCUCGCCGAAGUGAGGCGCACCCUGGGCACCGAGGGAGGGGAGAGGCAGGAGGUGACGUUGGAGGUUUUGAGGAGCCUGAUGGAAGCCGGCUGCAACGUUCCCCAGAGUGUGUCCGUGGAGACGGCCAUGGCGGAGCUUCAGGAGCUGCUCACCAUCGCGGAGCGUUGGGAGGAGAAGGCACAGAUCUGCCUUGAGCAAAAGCAAAAGCAUCCCCUCUCCACACUAGAGGCGAUAGUAAACGAGGCCCACCUGAUCCCAGUCAAGCUGCCCAACAUUCUUGCUCUGCAGGACUGUCUCACUCGGGCACAAGCCUGGGUGACGGACCUCGAGGAAAUCCAGAACGGGGAGCAUUACCCCUGCCUGGACGACCUGGAGGGCCUGGUGGCCAUCGGGAGAGACUUGCCGGUCUUCAUGGAGGAGUUGAGACAGCUGGAACUGCAGGUAGCCAGCGCUCAUUCCUGGAGGGACAAGGCCACCAAGACCUUCCUGAAGAAGAGCAGCCAGCACAGUCUGCUAGAGGUGUUAUGUCCCUUUGCAAAAAGGAGAGCGAGGCGAGAUGAGGUGGCGCUGUUGGACGAGCCUUCAGACGAUUCGGAUACCAACACUGUGGGCCUCUCUGCUCAGGACCUGAGGGACCCGGCCGCCAUCGUGAUUGCAUUCAAAGAAGGGGAGCACCAGGAGAAGGAGGCCCUGCUGAGGUUACAGAAAGUCAACCUGUACAAAUCGGGACUCAACGCCGCGAGCUGCGAGGAGACCAAGGAGGGCAAGGACAACGGGAGGUGGGAGGACGCCAUGGAGACGGACACGUCCAGCCACUCGGAGGACUCCGUGAAGGGCAACGGCAACCACGCCGGCCCGCCUCAGCCGGUGUGCGUGUGCACCGGUCAGCCUCGCGCGCCUCAACUGCGCUGUCACCUUUGCAAGGACUGGUUCCACGGGGGCUGCGUUCCCUCCCCCGCCCUGCUCCCUUCCUCGGGGCCGGCCGGGAACCCGCUGUGCUGGUGGGACUGGGACUCUCGCUUCCUGUGUCCGCGGUGCCAGCGGUCGCGGCGCCCUCGCCUGGAGACCAUCCUGGCGCUGCUCGUGGCCCUGCAGCGGCUGCCGGUGCGGCUGCCCGAGGGCGAGGCGCUGCAGUGCCUCACCGAGCGGGCCAUCACCUGGCAGGGCCGCGCCAAGGAGGCCGUGGAGACGCCCGAGGUGCAGCUGGCCCUCCAGAGGCUCCAGGACCUCAAAGAGACGCUGCAUUGCGACGCAGAGGAGAAGGAAAACGCGGGGCAGGAGACGCCGGGGAGCGGCGUGAUUGUUUUGUCGGACUCCGAGGGAGGGGAAGCGGAGGAAGGAGUCAUCGAUCUGACGGACGAGAAUUCCCCAAAAAAGAAAAGCAAGGAGAGCAACGGAAGCAAGGCCGGAUGUGAAAACGGCCUCAGCCAGAAGUCAAAUGUUACAGGCGUGGGGUCUCUGCUGCCCCUGCUGCCGUUGCUCAAAGGCCAGGUAGUGGAGCUUUUACCAGCAACCAAAGUCCAGCUGGAGGAGCUGCAGCUGGAGGGAGAUCUGCUCGAGGUGUCCUUGGACCAGACCCUCAUCAUCCACAGAGUUCUGCAGGCUGCUUCUGUUCCACCCAGAGAAACGCUGCGCACACUCAUUCAGAUUGAGCUUGAGGAGCAGAGGCGAACCAGCCGCGGGCGCGCCAAGGACUCCAAACGAAAGCGGAAGAGCCACCGAGGAGGCAGCGGGGACGCGGCGGGAAAGCGCUCGCCGGACACCUCGGAGUCGAAGAAAACCUGCCCGCUCAGCAUCAGCCCCUCCCCUCGGUUGCCUGUCCAGACCAAUCCCGAGAUUUUGUGAUUAGAGUCGACGCCGGAUCUCCGUUUAGACGGAUCGGUCGGAGGAGGAGAGCGAAGGGACAGAUCGUUCUGUGCCAGAAGACAAGUUAUUGAAAGAUGCAGGACAUCCCCAUCCCUGUACCCAACGUCCCUGCUCCUCCUUCAUUCACACCUCCAGACACUAACAGAGCAAUGACUCUUCUUCUACACUCCACCCUCACAAACCCUCAUGAACUCAGCCAUAUCUCACACGUCUUGAUUUCUUUUUUAUUAUUAUCUCAGACUCACUGUCUUACCCCACCGUAUAUAUAUACUAUUUUGCCGCCUCAUGUUUCCUGUGAACAUAUUCAGACUGUUAAUGGACCGAUACAGGACUCGCGGCAAUAGGAGUGUAUUUGCGGUCUGGAGUCGUCUCUUGAGGUCACUCGGUAUGCUACGUAAUCCCAACUGUAUUCAAGGUUAGUUGAAGCCCGGCUCGGCGCCGGCGGACGCCGCUCUCCUUCACUUGAGCCCAGCGGGUGGAAGUCGGACACGCUGCGGGGUGUAUUUAGACCGCUGUGUCGGGGAUCCUGAAGCUGAGGUACAGCAGAAGGUCUGACUGCUUUUUGGACAGCAGCAUCGUGGUUACACUCGUUUUUUUUUUGUUGUAUUGGAUCUUGUGUUUGAUGCUGUUUUGAGGGAACUUGCAUUUGAUAAUAAACCGAGUCAAUUUUGGGGAGUGUUAAAAACAGGCAUUAAUGUUUUUGGUGCUACUUUCCCAAAAUGGACAUCUGUACCUCCUUAGCUUUGUCCUACCUUUCCUCCCCAUGAUUCCUUUUUUUUUUUUUUUAAAGAGACCGUUACUUUUUGGCUCAAUCUGUUCCUUUUCAUUUUCUCCCUCGUUCUCUUUGCAAAUUAAGGUAACUUCACUGUAACUCACUUGUCGCAACUUAUUUUGUUUCCUGGGUUCAAAUAUUAUUAUUGAUAUUGCAGACAGUUGUUGUGAGUUUGUGUAUAAACUUUUCAUUUUACUGUUGCCUUUGUUUCUUUUCACUCUUGUUAGAAAAAAUAAAGGUUUAGAAUUGUUUAGGA